UGAUACAUUAUAUUCCAGUGACAAUGAAAUGGACACAGGCCUAUUUCGCUUUGAGUCUGAUUACAGGCGGUGUGUACAGUGACACGACGGUGACGAUCUACCCUCAGUGGCUGGCACAGGGAGGUAGAGUUCGCUAUGAGAGUGACAGGUGGAACAAGCACAAUGGCCUGGAACAGGAGUCCCUUAUUGCAAACUGUCGGAGCAUUCGGACUGACAGUGGGCGCUGGAUGAACAGAGAUCUAAAUGAUCAUCUCUUCCAAGAUUGGCCAGAGGACGCACACCGUAGCGGCUACCCCGACCCCAACUACCUAAAGAACAUCAGCAAGCAACAGGAACUAUUCUCCAACUACCUUGCUGACAUUGACAGUGGCUAUAAGAACGAAAUGAUCAUGGUGAUGAAUGCUCUCCACUGGCCAGACUGGAUGAACCAAUCCGAACAUGAGGGCCAAUUCCCAAACAACAUCGAUGCUGCUGCAGAGUUUAUCGUGUUGAUGCUACAAGGAGUCUAUGACUACACACAAGGUCACAUACCGCCAUACUUCGAGGUCGUCAACGAACCAGAUGUUAAAGAGCAAAUAAUGAAUUUCACGACCACUGUAGCCUUAUUCCACAAAACAGUUGCCGAGAAACUCCAUUCUAGGUUUAACAUCAAAGUGACUGGCCCGACAAUGACGGGAUAUAACACAGUAGUAGACAGGAACGACUUUUCGUUCUGGACGAAACUGGUCGAUUUCAUGGACAUCACUUUAGACUAUUUAGACGUGUUUUCAUUCGUACAACUCACUUAUUGUUUCGGGGAACUCUCACCGAUUUACUGUUAUUAUCAACAGUCACAGGACGUCAAGCUAGUUUUUCAAGAAGACUGGAUCACACCAACCACGGGAGAAGCUACUUGCAUCACAAUUAAGGACAACUGGUAUCCAGUCAUCACCUUCAACGAACCCUUAGACAUCGGUUAA